AGAGCCGCAGCUGCUCCUCAGCUCAUAACAUGGCUUCAAAAAUCAUUUACUUCACGGUGAACGGCGUCCCGGAGCGGGCCGAGUUCCCGGAGGACUGUCCUGCUCAGGACAUCAAAGAUCUGUUCCGUUCUGCAGCUGAAGCCGGACCCCAUGACAUCCUGAAGCUCUACAACCCCAAAGGGAACAUCAUCAACAUCUCCCCCAGCCUGGAGCCCAACGGCCCCGCCUCCUGCUACAAGCUGGAGGUGGUCGCUGCCGACUGCAACAGCGCUGAGCUCACCGGGGAUCUGGGAUUCCAUCUGUCCUCCAUGGAGAAAAGACUGCAGAACCUGGAGAAGAAGGUGGUCUUUGAGGCCGGAGAGACACCUGCGGCGGUUUCUGAGAUGAAGAAGCAGGUGGACUCCUUCAGGGAGAAGCUGGAGAGUGUGGAACAUCUCAGCUGGCUGGGCUUCUUCAAAGACCUCUCAGAGGGACGUCCCAAGCCGUCCCCGUUCUACCACAAGAGGAGCCUGCAUAAGACCAGAGAGGAGUGUGAACAUGUCAGGGAGAAGUUCCUGCAGAUGAGCUCUCUGGAGGUCUCAGAGGAGCUCAGGCAGUACCUGAAGACGCCGACCUUUGAUAACUGGCAGUGGGAGGACGCAGAGAUCAUGGUUCUCCUGCAGCUCAUGUACACAGAUCUAGAUCUUCUCUCCACCUUCAACAUCGAGCCUGAAGUUCUGCAGCAGUUCCUGUUUGAGGUCUACAGACGAUACAACAACAUCCCGUUUCACAACUUCAAGCACUGCUUCUGCGUCACCCAGAUGAUGUACGGCUUGAUCUGGCUGACUGACCUGAGGAGUAAAGUGGAGAACGUGGACCUGCUGAUCAUGCUGACCUCUGCCGUCUGCCACGACCUCGACCACGCCGGAUACAACAACGCCUACCAGAUAAAUGCGCGGACUGAACUGGCUCUGCGGUACAAUGACAUCUCUCCCCUGGAAAACCACCACUGCGCUGUAGCUUUUGAGAUCCUGCAGAAGAAAGAAAGCAACAUCUUCAGGAACCUUUCCUCAGAUCAGUACAAACGGAUCAGGGAGGGAAUAAUCAAAUGCAUUCUGGCCACCGACAUGACGAGGCACAACGAGAUCCUCAACAAGUUCAAGUCCAUCCUGCAUGGGUUCGACUUCUCCAACAAGGAGCACAAAGACCUGCUCAUGAUGGUCCUGAUCAAAGUGAGCGACAUCUCCAACGAGGCGCGGCCCAUGGAGGUGGCCGAGCCCUGGUUGGACUGCCUGCUGCAGGAGUUCUUCAACCAGAGUGACGUAGAGAAGUUGGAAGGUCUUCCGGUCAGCCCCUUCAUGGACAGAGACAAAGUCACCAAACCUUCGUCUCAAAUCGGCUUCAUCCGAUUCGUCCUUCUGCCGCUUUUCGUGGAGCUCGCCAACCUGUUCCCCUGCCUGGAGCAUCACAUCAUCGACCCUGUGAGGAAAGCCCUGGACUAUUACACUGAGAUGGAGAAAGCUUUGGACAAAGAGAAACAGAACUGGGCCCAGAACCAGGAGGCCCCUGAAGCCAGACAGAACCUGGACCAGAAACCCCAGAACCAGAAACCCAGUGACCCACGGCGAACACCACGGACCGACGUCAGCGGGAUCUAAGCUCCAUCAUCAGUUUGAUUUUAUUCAUCUUCUAUCAUCUGCUGGCGUCUUCAGGGUGGGUGGUUCACCUGAACCCCCAAAGAUCUGCUUCCCAAUAGGAACCUCAGAAAACUGGAUUUCAAUCCAGAUUAAAACCUGUUUAGAUUAAUUCAAUAAAGCUGUUUUUUCAAUAAUCUGUUAAUUUAUCAG